GGAGGGCGGGAGAGGAAGGAAAAAAGGCUGGAUGGAUGGCUGAGCCCUGGAAUUGGAAAGGGAGGAGGGAAGUCACGUGGCGGGGGAUGCCGGAGCCACGAACGAAUGGGAAGGUCGUGACGCAGCAGCCCAUCCCGGCAGUGCUGCGCCUAUGGUGUCCUCCCACUGACAGCUCGGGUUUCUUCAGAGAAGGGGCGGCGCAGAAGAGGCAGCCGGGGGCUCGGAGCCGCGAUUGUAGGGUGCCCGGUGGGUGGAGGUGGUGCAGCGCAGCCAUGGUUUACAUUUCGAACGGUCAAGUGUUGGAUAACCGGAGUCGAGCGCCUUGGAGUUUGUCAUCUAUAACUGACUUCUUUUGGGGAAUAGCAGACUUUGUAGUUAUGUUUUUCCAGAGCAUCAUUCACCCAGACUUGAGAAGAGGCUACACAUCUUCCUCCUCUUCAAGAUAUGAUGAUGGAAGAGGACCUCCAGGAUUUCCUCGUCGCAGAAUGGGUCGAAUAAACCAUUUUGGAGGUCCAAGUCCACCACCAAUGGCUGGAGGUGGAUGAGGAAGGUAA